GAGAGAGAGAGAGAGAGAGAGAAGCUGCGCUGGCUGAGGGAGCCGGCUGCUCUCGUAUCGCUAUCGCGGUAUUUUGAUGUCACACGUCACAAUGACGUGGCAUCUGCGCUGUCUCUAAGUCGGACAAAAAUUGUAACCGGCAUGCACCGCUUCUAGUCAGCCGCCGAUUGGUGUGCGCACCGCCGCUUGGUGUGCGCAUCGCCGCAAGAAGUCGCCACAGUACAGUACAUGAUCAAAACUAACGCUUAACUUCCGGGGAUGUGAUUUCUGACUGGCUUGAGGUAUAGCUCCCACCCUGUGAGGAUUAACAAGUAAGAAAAAGAAGAAGAUGGAGGAAUUCUCUAUUGGGACAAUGGACACAGUGCUUUUAGGUUCCAGCAUCGCUUUCUCAGGCCUCUUCUAUUAUUUAUACAGAAAGAAAUGCAAAACUGUGGACAAACUUAAUGAUGCUCCUCAUAUGGCGUUAAAUGAGGAACUAGUGGGACUAUUGAAUGCCACACCCGGGAAGUGUCUGCAGUAUGUGGUUAUUGAAGGCACAGUGCAGCCCAUAGAGGAGCCCCUGAGCAGUCAAUUUAAGGAAGGAACUUUUGGUGUUAUUCAGAAACUACUCCUCCAGGAGCAUAAACUGGUGUGGAACAGUUUGGCACGAACCUGGAUGGACCGUGAGCGUGUGCUUCACGAGCGUGUGAGCAGCGUGCCUUUUGCUCUGGUAGGAGGAGACGGAGCACAGGUGCGGGUGCUUCGUCCACUGGAGGCGUCUGGUCUUCAGAUGGAAACAGUGCAUGAGAAGUUCCACCAGGCAAACUACAGCUUUGGUGACCUGCUCAGCCAGUAUUUGAGUGGCGAAAAGAGCAAGGGCCAGCUGGAGACUGAGGAAAUGCUGAGGGUGGGUGUAUCCAUCACAGCUGCUGGGGAGCUCAUCCUCGAUUCAGACCGCCUGCUUAAACUCCGCCCCCCGACUGACGGCUCCACCUACUUCCUGACCACAACUGACUUUGAGUCACUCCGGCUUGGCCAAGAGGGCCAGGCAUCCUGCUGGUGGGCCCUGGCAGGCAUAUUUGCUCUGGUCGGUGUUGCUGUGGUUCUGUGGGCAGGACUUCGCAGUUAUAGGCAGAUCCAGAGGAAAUGGCACAGAGAGAGGAUGAGGAGGGAGUUUGAACGAAUAGGGGAGGGGGAGGGGGAGGGGGACCUUGAGAAUGCGUGUGUAAUCUGUUUGAGUAACCCAAGAGGGUGUGUGUUGCUGGAUUGCGGACAUGUGUGUUGUUGCUACAGCUGCUAUGAGGCAUUACCUCAGCCAACAUGUCCAGUUUGCAGGCAGGGGAUCAGGAGAGUCGUGCCCCUCUAUCAGGCCUGAAAAUGAGAGUGGAUUAAGAGCUCUACAGAACUACUAAAUACUGAGAGACAGUGGGAUAAGAUUGGUUAUCCUCUACCAGGCCUCAGACAGAGAGAAGAUACAAUUGGAAUAUGAGAGAGGAAAUCCACAAAAGAGAACACUGAUAGAAAGGAGAGACAACUGUUUAUCAGAUAUUCAGCCACCAUUGACUUGAUGUGUUAGCAAAAAGAAAGCUAUGAAUGAAGUCUAAGAUAGCCUCUCAUAAAACCUUUAAUGUAUUCUGCAUCCUUGGCAACCAAACUUCUGUAUCUCCUGAAAGCACGGAAGUAUAUUAAUUUUAAUCUUGAUUCCUUAAUUUGCACUUGGUUAUGUGUGUCUCCUUAGUAUUGUUACUGGAUCUUUUUUAUUAUUUGAAAUUAGUUGUGUCAGGGGCUGGAAUUGAACUUGCAGUCACAGUAAGACAAAGUUGCAGAUUAAUUUCCAAUUAAUUGUGUAAUUUUGAUCCAGCACAUCAAUUUAUUCAGCAGUUGGUAAACCCUUUAUGAGCUCAGUUGAGUCAGUUUAAUCAGCUAGUGUAGAGCAGGAGGAUCACACAAAUUUAAGUGGCUGAGAGAAUAUACAUGGUGGAAGCUUGGUCAGGAUUCAGGUAAGUGGAAUGAUUUAUAGGCUGAUGGAAUGGAAAAUACAUAAUGUCAUCCUUUGAAGUAGAAAGUUGUAAAAGGUCAAAAAUUUGUGAAUGUGUAGGUUCUUAUUUAGCCACUGCUUGAGGAGUGGUGACUGUCAGCAGGAACUUUGGAUCUGUAAAGUUUUCCACUGCAACAGCUGCGUCCUACUCUGCUUACUUACUGUGUUCCUGCACCACACUUGUUCUUACUUGAAAUUAUGCUUUGACUUUAGAAAUAGAAAAAUUCACACAGAAGAUCAUAUUAAUUUGGAAGUAUGGGUUAGGUGAACAGUACAAUAGGAUUUCUCUGAAGCCUUAUUCAAGCCCUUCUGUGACUACGUUUACAUGGACAGCAGUAAUCUAAUUAUUGAACUUAUUCUGAAUAAGACAAUAUUGUGAUUAAGGUGUUUACAUGAGUUGCUUUUAGAAUAUUUCUUUCAUGUUCCCAUUUUGCAUGUUAUAAAACAUAGGUCGGUUAAUGGCACACGUCAUUACGUCCCCACGCCACGCAGUCCGAAGUUCCCUCCAGAAUUUCACGUAUAAACAUACAGUGUGUCUUCAUUAUGGUAUCGUAUACAGUUUAGGGUGUUUCAUUUUUAAUUUUACGAAAGCUUCAAGUGCAGUUAAUUAUUUGUCAUGCUAUACGUGCAAAUAGACGACAGCUUGAAGCCACAGGCUGCCUGCAAAACCACAUUCUUACCUACUAUAUAGUAGCCGAUAUACAUAUAUUCCGCCUACUAUAUAGUAGGUAAGUAUGUGGUUUCGGACACAGCCGUGCUCUUUUGUUUACCAUCAAACUGUUGAGCACUGCCGUAUGUGUAUGUGUCCUGUCGCAAAAUGCGGUGAAUACUCCCACACGGUGUUAAUAGUGUGAUUAAGGUGUGUACUUGUCUAUAAUGCACUUUGAUAAUGUGAUUAAAAUAGAAAUACUCCACA